AUGUUAUUAUUCAAUGUCGAUUCUACUAUCAAUCAUCAACAUUUUUCUUCUCAUUUAUUCAGUGAAAUCGGUAAUAUCAAUGUUAUUAUACCAUGUCCAAUAGAUCGAAAUGAAUGGACACUUCCAUCGAUACUUCAAUGGUAUCGUUCAAAAAAUAAUUAUACAAAACCUAUUGCUAGUCAAUUUAACAAUUACCCUGUACAUAUUGAUGAUAUCUAUCGUAAUAAAUAUAGUCUUAUUUCAAAUGGUUCAUUAAUUAUUGAAAAUGUUCAAUUAAGUGAUAAUGAUACAUUUGAAUGUCGAUUAAUUUUAAUUGAUCGUGGUCUAUUGGAUAUAAAAUAUAAAUAUUUUAUUACACUUCGUGUCAAUGAACAACCAUAUUUUAUUAAUCUAUCGAAUUCAUUACAAGUAGCUUCAUAUUAUUCAACAGUUAAUUUCAUUUGUCACAUUUAUGGAGUUCCGGUUCCAAUAGUAACAUGGUAUCGAAUUCUUGAGAAAAAUAAACAGACGAUCAAAGAUGAAGACUUAGAAUUACUUUUAGUUGAUAGUCAACAAUUGACUCUUCAUAAUGUGGAUGAUCGUAUGGCUGGUCAGUAUAGAUGCAUUGGAAAAAAUCGACUUGGUAAAAUACACAAUGACUUUCAAUUUCUUAUACGUGGUUCUAUCUAUUGGCGACGAUUUCCUGAAAGUCAAACUGUAAAAAUAAAUGAUAGCCUGAUUUUAAAGUGUGAAGGUGAAAGUAGUGAAAAAUUACAAUACAAUUGGUUGAAAGAUGAUUAUCCUAUAUCAGAAACUGUCUCAUCACGAGAUCGUAUACAAACUUAUAGUGAUGGUGUUCUUAGUAUUAAUAAUAUUGAACCUUCUGAUCGUGGAUCAUAUGUAUGUAUAAUAAGUAUAAUAAAUUCAGCUAGUGUUCGUAGUAAACCAGCGAUAAUAACUGUUAAAUAUCCACCAAUACCUUCGCAUAAUCAUCAAACAAAAAAUUUAACAUUUAUUCGAGGUUCAAUAGGUAUCUGUCCAUGUUUACUUGAUGCUUAUCCACCAAUUCAAUCUGUUUCCUGGUAUCGAAAUGGUGAAUCUAUACGUAUCGAACCAAAAGGUGGUUCAUAUUCUAUUAAUUCUGAUUAUGGUUUAAUAAUAAAAUCUGUUGGGAUUGAUGAUGAUGGUAAAUAUUUUUGUCGUGCACAAAAUUCUGAAGGAUUCGGUGAUGAUAGUAUACUAUUUUAUGUUGAAACAAAAGAACCAAUUAAAUUUAUUCUAAAACCACAGUCUAUUUAUCAUGUUAAUGAACGAGAUCAGCUGAUAUUACCAUGUGUUGCUUUUGGUAAUCCACCACCAACUAUAAAAUGGCUUAAAAAUUCCAUUGAAUUAGAUGAAGUUAAUGAAAAUUUGACAUUACAAUAUAUUGAUAAAACCGAUCAUGGUUCAUAUAUAUGUCAAGCAUCAAACAAACAUACAACCACGAAUAUUACUACAUCAAUUAUUGUUGAAAAUACGACACCACAAGCACCACAUAAUAUUCAAUAUAAACAAAUAUCAUCAAAUCUUUUCCUUUCUUGGGAACCUGGUUAUGAUGGUGGUCGAUUUCAACAUUUUAUCAUCUGGUAUCGAACAUUACAUAAAAAAAAACGAAAUUGGAAUCAAAUUCGUGUAUUACCAAACAAUGCAACAGAAUUUACAUUAUUUGAUUUAAAAUUAAAGCAAACAUAUGAAUUAACAAUUGUUUCAGAAAAUGACUUAGGUCUAGGAACAUUUACUCCAAUUAUUACAAUUCCUUUAAAUCAAACACAAAAUUCAUCAAUUGAUUAUCUCCAUUAUGCAAAUGAAACAACACUAUUUCGACCACUAUCACCAAUAAAUUUUCAUUUAUAUCAAUCGGGAUUAAAUCUUCAUAUAACAUGGAAUCAUCCAAAUAUGAUUGAUUCACCAAUAAAUAUUGUUUACUAUGUCAUACAAUGGCGUUCAACAAUUUUAUUUAAUAAUCAACAAUCACAGCAAUCAAUUCUUGUUUAUUAUCCUACUCGUUCAUAUAUAUUAAAAAAUAUAAAACAAUCAAAAUAUAUUAUACAAGUGAUGUCUUAUUCAGAUCAAGGAACAUAUAGUUUGCCAAUUGAAUCACAAAUUAAUAUUCGAUUCAAUGCAAUUCAUUCCUAUAAUGGAUCAAGUCGUUUACUUAUAAUAUUACUUUGUAUAUUGACCAUAUUAACAAUAGCAUCGAUUUGUUUCUGUAUAUUUUGUGUAAUUAAAUAUUAUUACCAUCGACGAUCUUAUAUUACGGAUCUUGAAUGUGAUUCUAAAUGGAAAUGUUGUUGUCUGUCUCAUAUCCGAUACAAAUUAGGUGAUUGUUCUCAUCUAAAAGUUGAUCGGUAUCAUGCAAGCCUUCUUAAAUCAAAUGAUCUUCCAACAACACCACUUUAUCAAUCUCAAAACCGAAUAAUACAUCAAACAUCCACUGCUCCAAUUGGACUACCAUCACCUCAAGAAAGUUUAACUGAUUCAACAAUAUCCUUAGCUAAAGUAACAACAAUACCACGUUGUCGUGAUUCAGUUAUAUCAAAUCUAAUAGUUACACCACAAUUAACGCGUGGUUCUCUAUCAAUAGACAAUCCAAAUGCAGUUGUUUCAUCGACUCUAACAUUUACAGCAACUGACGAAACUAAGAUGACUUCAUUUUUUGAACCAAUUUCAGCUGAUAAUAUCUCACCUGUACCAUAUGGUGAUGUAGAAACUCGUAAAAAUGGUUCUCGUCUUCCACUUGAAGCUGUGCCAGAAAUUAAUGAACUUGAUGUAGCCAAUAGUCGAUAUAGUUUCGAUCCAUCAUUAUUAUCCACAUUACCUAAUUCUUAUCAUAAUCAUAGAGUUCAACCUAGUCCUAUUCUUAUUACAUUUGAUUCUAGUACAUUGAAAUAUCGUACUUGA